AUGACUCGACGAAACGGUUUUAGACCUCCUACACAUAGAUGGACCGAUUCUGAGACUCGUCAACUACUACAAGUCAUAUCGUCCAGUUCAACGUAUAGAGAUGCCUUCUUUCCUCCUGUUGGAUAUCGAACUGAUUCAAUCAGAUAUCAAUUAGAAAGAGAAUUGUGCAUCGAAGUUUUGAGAGGGACAGAGUGGUUCAGAUGGAUGGACAGCAAUAGGUUGAUCAUCAAAGAAAGAGGUAGAUGGAUCUCUGGAGAUCAUUGGGUAGAAAGAAAUAAUCCAGUAGGAAAUAGAUUCAAAUGGAUUCAAGACGAAGUCAUUGGUAUAAAAAGAAUUCUUGGACCUGUUAGAUCUGCUAGAGAAUUGAAAGAUGGCGCCCUCUUGCAAUGGGAGGACUGGCGAAAUCGGGGUAUGUAUACAUGGUAUUUUGACUAUGUGAACUUGAAGUCAAUGAGAGAUCCGAGCUGGAUCAAUACCCAUCAACUGUCAAUGUCUAAUCAAUCGUCUCAAGAAUAUACCACUACUCCAGAAAGUGGUUCUUCCCAUUCUCGCAAUACCAGAAAUAACGACGAACCUUUACGUGAAAUCACUUCAUCCUGUUCUUCUUCCUCUUUGUCUCGACCCAACAUAUCAAAUCCACAACCCUACAAACAUACAACAAUGAUUCCUAGAUUUCCCCAAGCAUCCCCACUUGAAAGACCAUUAUCGACACCUUGCAGAUCAACAUCCAAUCCAUCCAAUAUAUCCUAUCCUUCUAGACCAGCUUCGACUUCCAAAAGGAGAUCCUAUCCGUCUCAAUCCACUUCCUAUCCUACCCCGACCAGCUCAUCGGCUAUUCGACAUUCCAAGAGGGCCAGGAUUACCCUUUCGAGCCGUGAAGAUCCACAAUAUCGACGUUUAUCUGAAAGAGUUGGAGAAAGAGCUCCUGAUGUCAUUUACAUUUCAUCCGAUUCCGACUCUGAUUCCGAUAACCAGACGGAUACCCAACCUUUAUCUGUUGUUCAACGUGGACGUCGAUCGUCAGCUUCGAGUUCCGCAUCUUCUCGUCCGGAUUCAGAUAUACCAGAACCUCGUAACCAUCAAAUAAUGUCUUCCAGUGUCAUCACUCGCUCGCGCGCUAUACCGUACUCAUCAAAUAGACCAUUCAACGAAUCUGAGAAUUUAGCUGCUAUAAGGAAAUUGACCUCGCAAUACGUACCUCUACCUCUGCCAGAUGGUGAUACGGAUUCUGAAAGUUCUUCAAGACCACCUACACCGCCUCUUCCAGACGCGACGAGGAUACAGUCUUCCACGACCAACACUACGACUACGAGUACAGUUCCCCAUAGACCUGCAAACACAGCUGUGACUACGAGAUCGAGAGCAAUCUCACCGCAUUUCAACGAAAACAUGUUCCAUGACCCAAACAUUAGAUCAUAUCGAUUAGAUGUCCUACAUGAAAGACUUGGAAUGCCCUUACCUCCGAAACCUCCUGCACGACCCCCAAUGAUGAUAGAACCAAGGAGAGAACAAGAGGACGAAGACGGAUUACGUAGAGACGAAAUCAGAUAUUCACCUUUGAUCAUUACAGAUGGAUCUUUCCCAGAUUAUCCAAUUGACGUUACUUCUCCCAAAGAAGCGAAUAAUUAUCAUGCGCCAAUAGAAAUCAUAGAAGAUGAUAACGCUAUACCGCUGAUCAUUGGAAAUGAGAUUGACGAAAUCACAAGUAAUCGCUACUCUGUCGAUAGGGAAUUGGUCACGGAGAUUGAAGAAGUGGACGGAUUAGAAUUGGAAGAUGAGCAUGAAGAUAUGGAUUUAGAUCCAGAUGAAAGUUUGAAAGAUGCGGAUCAUGAGGAACACUGUAAUCGGAAUCAGUCAAAGGAACGAGUGGACGAAAGAAGUGAUGAGUCAUGGGAAAUCAUCGAUAAUCCGUCUGAUCAACAUCUUUCUCCUCCACAUGAAUCCAGUACACAACGUCCUCCAACCCCGCCUCUACCCACGACAUAUACCGCUGAAACGACGAAUUCCAUAAAUCAAAAUUCGCUCUUCCAUGCUGUUCCCCAGACCUCUACUCCAACUUCGCCUUCUUCGGCACUCAACAACCCAUUGAACAAGCUCCCACCAAUGCCUCUUCGUGAAGUUCACGCGGCAACGGUCACAACUGUCAGUCCGAUGAUAAGGAUGUUACUCAAUGAAUUGAGAAAAAACCAAUCUCGGUGUCUGUCCAAUAUCGAAGUAGUUAUUGAAUUGUCUUUGUUACCUUUCAGAAAAGCUUUGGUGGACUUGAUAGAAUUGAUGGGUGGAAGGGUAAUUACUUGUUCAAACGACAUGAGCAGAUCAAGAACGAGGUAUAUCCUCCACGAUCCGAACAAUAUCACCGACGGAGAAGGUCAAGGAAUAUUUGAGCAAAGGCUCACCUUGGAAGGAUUUAUGGAAAUCAUCAUGGAUCUCAGAACGAAGGAAUUGGGUCAUUAG